AUCGAUUAAAGUGUAUGUUUGUGCGGGGUGUAUGCUUUCGUUAAAACGUAAAGAGAAUAAUUUAAACCAUUUUAGAUCUUGAAUAUUUCAGUCAAACAUUAAAAGAAAAUCGCUUGCCAAAUUAUAUAAGCUAUUACUGGCUAAAUCUACCAUGGCUUCUUCUAAAACCAACGAUCUUCUCCACUGCUCAAUAUGUCUUGAAAAGUUUCAACAGCCAAGAGCGUUGCCUUGUCUUCACACAUUUUGUCACCUUUGCCUGCAAGAGUUCAUUGACACAAGUGCCAGGAAAGGGAACCUUUCCUCGGGUUUCGAAUGUCCGGUUUGCCGCCGUGAAACUCUUCCUGAUGUGAAAGGGGGUCAAGAUCGAGGUCAUCAUGAACAAUGGGCUCAAUUGUUUCCAAUUAAUCACUUAAUCAUGACCUUACUUGAUGAAUAUAAAGGACCUUCAACAGAAGUCUAUGAUAAACAUCGGCCACUGGGUAAAUCUGACAAAUCGUCUACAGUACCAGGCUUUGUCAAAGACUCGGAACCAAUCAAGAACAUACCAGGAGGACACGAGCCACCGCAUAAAGAGGAGACACCGAUUCAUACUACAAAAGCACCGGAUGAACCAGCAAAUAAUGUCCAUAUGCCUCCACCACCUCACCACUUUGGACCACACCAUCCACCUCCGGGUGACUACCCACCACCUGAGGAUCACAUUUGGCCGCCUUUUCAUCCUCCGAGGGGAAGGAUGAGGCCUCAUCCGCCGCAACAUAGUGGGUGUGGUCGAGGUCACCAUCCCCACCCCCAUGAGCACUUGGGGUCUCAUCAUGGACCUCCCCACCCUCCCCCACACCACGGACCAAGACACCACCAUCCACAUGGACAUAGGGGCCACCGCGGUGGGCGUUGCCACGGUGGAAGAGGUAGAGGACGAGGAGAAUGGUGAAAUAACAUGGUAUAUCUUGUUGUCAUGAGUUUAUGUUGAUAUAAAUCUUCGUAUAUUAAUGAAGAUGUGAUUUUAUAAAGAAUUUAUGAUGAAAUAUGAAGUGUGAGUGUUUCAUUUUUAAACAAAUAAACUGCAAAAUAGCACGUGUUGAAGCUGCAUAGUGUUUGUCGUUAAUGGUAGAGUUUAGUCUUAAGUUUGUAUUAACUGUAUUUUGCAUAGCGGUAUUGCGCUGGCAUUUUGUUGUGUAGAAUUAUGUAUUAAAAACGCCAUAUGUACCUUGUA